UCUUUCUGAAAUAAACUAAUGCACAUAUACUAGACUAGCCUCCUAUAGUAACAACAUGUCAUAUGUUGCUAUCAUUUGGUUCUUUGUCAUGCAUUUCCUCACUGUAAAAUGAUGGGAUGGAUGUUUUGAUUUGUUCCCACAAUUAUGGUAAAGAGGAUAAAAUGAAAAUUUUCCAACAAUCUGUGGUUGAGAUUGUUGAUGAUGGAAGGUGGAAAAUACAUACAUAUACAUGAGGACAUAGAUCAUCUUAUCUCUUAUCAAUCUUGAUGAUGCACCACUCAUUCCUUUGAACCUCAAUUGCAACCAAACUUGAACUUUAACAAUUUAAAAACUUAAGAAAAAAAAAUAAUCUAAAGUGUACAUAUAUAUAUAUAUAUAUAUGUAUAUAUAUUGCAAAGGAUUUAAGAAGUUUUUGUUAAAGACCAUUUGUUUUUUUUAGCCAUGGCUUCUCAUGCAGCUUUGGCUCCUACAAGAAUUCCCAUAAGCACAAGACUUCCCUCCAAGAACUCACACUCUUUCUCUACUCAAUGCUUCUCCAAGAAAUUUGAAGUAGCAGAGUUCUCUGGUCUUCGAUCGAGUGGAUGUGUGACAUUUUCUAACAGGGAGUCUUCCUUCUUUGAUGUUGUGUCUGCUCAACUCACUCCAAAGACAACAGGAUCAGCAGCACCUGUGAAAGGAGAAACCGUUGCCAAGUUGAAGGUUGCUAUCAAUGGUUUCGGACGAAUUGGUAGGAACUUCCUCCGCUGUUGGCAUGGCCGCAAAGACUCACCACUGGAUGUUGUCGUUGUCAAUGACAGUGGUGGUGUCAAGAAUGCAUCUCACUUGCUUAAGUAUGAUUCCAUGCUGGGAACAUUCAAGGCUGAUGUGAAAGUAGUUGAUAAUGAGACCAUUAGUGUUGAUGGAAAGCCCAUUAAGGUUGUCUCUAACAGGGAUCCUCUUAAGCUUCCUUGGGCUGAACUUGGUAUUGACAUUGUCAUUGAGGGAACCGGUGUGUUCGUUGAUGGUCCGGGUGCUGGGAAGCACAUCCAAGCUGGUGCCAAGAAAGUUAUCAUCACUGCUCCAGCAAAAGGUGCUGAUAUUCCUACCUAUGUUGUUGGAGUGAACGAACAAGAGUACACCCACGAGGUUGCUAAUAUCGUAAGCAAUGCCUCUUGCACCACCAACUGCUUGGCCCCUUUUGCAAAAAUCUUGGAUGAAGAAUUUGGUAUUGUUAAGGGGACUAUGACAACAACUCACUCUUACACUGGAGAUCAGAGGCUUUUGGAUGCUUCACACCGUGACUUGAGAAGAGCGAGAGCUGCAGCAUUGAACAUAGUCCCAACCAGCACUGGUGCAGCAAAGGCUGUGUCUCUAGUGCUGCCCCAGCUCAAGGGGAAGCUCAAUGGAAUUGCUCUCCGAGUGCCAACACCUAAUGUUUCAGUCGUUGACCUCGUUAUCAAUGUUGAGAAGAAAGGAAUUACAGCUGAAGAUGUCAAUGCAGCUUUCAGAAAGUCAGCUGAUGGUCCAUUGAAUGGCAUAUUGGCUGUUUGUGAUGUCCCUCUAGUGUCAGUUGACUUCCGAUGCAGUGAUGUUUCCACCACCAUUGAUUCCUCUUUAACCAUGGUUAUGGGAGACGACAUGGUCAAGAUUGUUGCUUGGUAUGACAACGAGUGGGGAUACAGCCAACGUGUGGUCGACUUAGCUCAUCUGGUUGCAAGCAAAUGGCCCGGUUCAUCUGUAGAAGGGAGUGGAGACGCCUUGGAGGACUACUGCAAGACAAACCCUGCUGACAAGGAAUGCAAAGUCUACGAAUAAUCUCUCGCUGCUUUCUUUUCCUUUUUGAAAUGCCAAAUGGAUGAUUUUUGAAACUAAUUGUUUUCCUUGUCCAAAAUUUAUAAAUUAACGAGCGGCAGUAAAAUCACACAGUUGGAAAUCAUGUGUACAGUCCUAUAGACUGGCUUCAACACUAACCAAGAAGCAUUUCAACAAGGAAUUUUGUUUUUUA